AUGCAACGGGCAGCUGGCGGAAGCAGCAGUGGCGGCGGAGAAGUGAGUCGGGGAGGCGGGCUCGGCCGGUUCUGCUCGGCGCCGGCGACAUGGUUAGAGGCACUGCUUGAGGAGGAAGAAGAAGACCCAUUGAAGCCCACCCAGUGCCUAACUGAGCUUCUUGCUGAAAACACUGGAGCCACAUCAGUAGGGUUUGGUUCUACGACAGUGGAUCCAGUGUCGUAUGAAGCUGCCGCCGCUGCUGGAUUUCUUAGCCGACAGAACAGCUCUCCGGCGGAGUUUCUGGGGAGUUCGAACGACGGGUCGGAAGGGUAUUUCUCGGGGUUUGGAAUUCCGGCGCACCUCGACUUUGUGUCCUUGUCCCCAAAUAGCUCUUCUCCUUCUGCUAAUAAGAGGGUUCGGGAGGUGAAAUUGGAGGAAGGUGGAUUGGAGGAUGCAGUGCCUUGCAGGGUUAGGGCCAAGCGUGGUUGUGCUACGCAUCCUAGGAGCAUUGCCGAAAGGGUCCGGAGGACUCGAAUCAGUGACCGCAUAAGGAAGCUUCAAGACCUUGUGCCCAACAUGGAUAAGCAAACUAAUACUGCUGAUAUGUUAGACGAGGCAGUGGAGUAUGUGAAGUUUCUUCAGAAGCAGAUUCAGGAACUUUCAGAGCAUCAGCGCAGAUGCAAAUGCAUAGCUAAAGAAUAA